UUGGCCAGUAUCUGCAAAUGGAAUGAUUCUGUCAACAACACCAACCACAGUCAGUACAUCAUUCACCUAUGCUACAAUGGUGUUCUCCCUCACGAUCCUCAAACCAAGCCACCGACAAUCAACGAGAUGAGGAUCCGAUCCAACGGAAGCAACAUUUCACGGACUUUCGAGGAACUCGCUGAAAUACCCGAUGCCGAGUGGUUAGGGCAAUUUGACGCAUCUGUGUACGACCUGUAUCCACAGACCAUCUCCGCAAGGGAUUCGAUUCGACGAAUUCUCAUAGGAUUGCCACUACUCGAGCACCCAAUCUACAACCCCACUCUCCACUAUCUCCAAGUUCCCUCAAAGACAUGUCCUCCUCAAUCAUUACAACAGCCUCCGGGCAGCCUGUCCAACAAUGCCUCUCACGAUGUCGUGAUCAUUUACAAAUCAGCAGUCUAUAACUUCCAGGCACGACAACAACUUCGGCAGCUCUUCAACUUCAGUGGCAGUGGUCUCGACGUACACGUGGUUUUCUCAAUUGGACUACCCAAAUCCUCAGGAGGCAACGUGUUUCAGCGUGAUGGAUUCAAUGUGACCCUUGGUGGCCGAUCAGGUAAGUUGUACAAUGACACCCAAGAAUACCGGAUUAUGACAAGGCGUUCUCUGGAUGACGAGAUGAGGACUUUUGGCGACUUAAUUGUUGGCAAUUACGAGGACACCUACUUCAACUUGACGCUGAAGAUGUUCUACACAUUUCAGUGGGCCGCCAGAUUCUGU